AAGAGAAGCAAAAGAUCAAAAAGUCCAAACGCCAUAGUCACCGCACCUUCACAUUCACGCUCACGCUUACGCUCACUUUCCCCGGAUUUUUUUUUCCUGCCGUCUUUUACAUUCGCUUUGCUCGUUCCGCAUUCACCUUCACUUUCCUCAUCGUCGCCAGAAAGCCGUGUCUUGGCAUAUCGCUGUCCUCACGUCAAAAUGGCAGCCUAUAGUACCUAUUCGCAGUCACUGCGACUUUUGUCGACAGAUCCCGUGACUCCCCUCCACUCCCCACACCACUCCGUCAACAGCUCUACUUCUUCUCGCACCCGUACUCCUCUCCAGCCCCUGACACUCCACCAAUAUCGCAAGCAGCAGAAUUCGCCAGCCCCCCAAUUGGCCACGCCGCCUGGCAAGACUCUUCGGCGGAGGCCAGCUACGCCUGCUCUCAACGACUUGGAGCGUACAUCCUCCGCUUCGUACACCCCGCUGUCUGCCUCUCGCCCAGCUGCGCGCCCACUACACGUCUCUUAUUCCGCCCAUCAACUGACCUAUCAGUCUCUUCCGCCUUCUCCCCCACCUUGCGGCGAAGAACAAACUCUGCUUGGCCAGCCAUUUCGAUCGCAAUCCGCUGAGCCAUAUAGCCAAGUCGGAUCGCGCCCUCAACUACAGCAUAGCGCGGAAAAGGUACGUAAGUUUAAGUCUAUCAAAAGGCUUCCAAAGCCUCCCGUUGCCAGCGGGUUCAGUGUUCCUUCCCCCCUCGCCAUCACCCCGACGCUUUUGCCCCAAUCGCCUGGAUACACGAGCUAUCUGAACGAAUUGCUUCACGACGAUAGUGAGCAUUCGCCCCCCGACAGCUCAAUUGACCCAUUACCUCGGCCACAGCUCGAUAGGAAACAUACUCCAGCGUACGCAGUGAACACGACAAGUUUCGUGACAGCCGGCCCAGAAACACCGCCUGCAACACCUGCGGUGAUACACUAUCGUGGAGCCUCAUUUGAUUUGGUCAAUCCUCACGACUCUCUAUGUCUUGCCAAUAUUGAAACACCAUCGCGCGACCUUGAUUCUACUGAUCAUCUGUCUCUGUCGUCAUACGACCAAUCGGCAAGCCCAGAGAUGGGUCCCAAGCGAGCUUUGUAUGGCGAUCUAUCGUCUGCUUACACUUCAAUCCGAACACGGCGUGGUGGCGAAGACAAUCCUACCGCACAGGCGCUGGACUUUCCAAUGCCUCCUGCUCCAGCGGCACGACUCCCGGAAACACCUACCUCCCCCGAUUCCUACGCGCCGCUGCAUAGUCCCGAUUCGCACUAUGGCUUGUCACCCUUUCCUUCCCAACAAUCGCCCCAGCAAACUCCUACCGAGAGUAGAUUCUCUCUGAAGCAGCUCACGAGGAGUCUUACAAAGAAACUGGGCAAGACUUCGCAAACUGUGCACGAAGAAGAACUUCAAGACAUGUCACAUGCCAGGUCCCGUAUCGGUCUAGCUUCUCCCGCAUUCGAAGGCUCUUUUCCCCGCUCACUAGAUGAAACCUAUCGCCAAGUGGACGCUGAGGCCGAUGCGAGUCAACUAAAAUCUAUGGUUCCUGAUGAGCAGUCUGCUCAAAUCACGCCAGGAACUGGCCUAAGUAUACCGACCACAGCUGAGAGCACGUCUGCGGGAGAGCACUACGAUGAUUUAAGGUCCCUAUAUCCCACCUCAUCAAUUUACAGCGAUUCCCGUCCACAGUCAUUUCAACCAAGUCUUGCGGGGAACAGACAAAGCCAUGUCUAUGCACGUUUGAAGGGAAACUCGGGUGACAUGGCGGAUCAAUAUCGGUCUCACACUGCAUCUUUAGCGUCACCUUACACCAUCCAGCAGCCGUUGGAGCCUCUGCAAUUGCCACGUCAAAGAAAGACGGACACAAUUGGACGACUCAUCGACCAAUAUCAGGGAGAAGGAAAUCCUUACCCUCCUCCAUUGGCAUCGAGAAGGCCCACUUUGAGGCCCACCCGAGAAGAAUUGGAUCAGAGCAUGGCUGACGCCACGAUGCCCUCUGCUGAAGCGGGUCGGGCGACGCGCUUCUCCACUGGACAGGGCUCAUUGGAUCCAUUCAAGUAUGAUACGCUUCUGGGCACUUCCCCUUACAUUGAUGCUUCAGAUACUGUGUCGGGCGUGUCCUCGUAUGGCGAUACUCGGCACCUGUUGCAGCUCUCCAAUCCAUUGCUCGAGGGACCGUCGCAUCAACGAACCCUCGAUCCUUCUUCAUCUUAUUCUCAACCCGAAGAGCAGAUUCCAUCUCCGACUACGCCACAAGCAGCUCUGGAUCAAGCCGAUCGCAUCUUUGAGCAAUCUACCCCACAAGAUGUUCUUGAGCAGGCCGACAAGAUUUUCGGCAAUGUGCCCCCAGAGGAAGCGCAGGAACAGGAGGAUGCCGAGGAGGCGAUUCCCCCCAUGUGGGCUAGGAGGACUUCGGUCAAUAUUCAUCAAAGCAGUAAUCCGUUUGUUUCGGAUCCCGUCGACGAAACCGAUUUGGGGCUAUUAGAAGGCGAAGAUCAGGAUUGGGAAACUGUUCGGAAUAGCAGCCAGACUCAACCUAGUGGCAGGGUGAGCUUAGGUGAAAGUACGGCGGACUACAGUGACGCGGAGAGUCAAUUCAGCCGUGACAGCAAGGGCUUCCGGUCGAAUCCGGCACUGUCAGAAUUCAGGCCUGCACCUUUAUACGCUACAAGCGCUUCGAGCUCACGGCAAUAUGCACACCAAGUGCCGGCUACCUCUCAACAAUCGGCUAUCAGCCCUCUCCGGGCUCCAAGCAGUCCUCCUCCUUCUAGUCCCUUCCCAGCUCGACCAGGAGCGAAUUUGCGAGGCACCACGCUUGCGACUGGAUCUCCCCAAGGCCCUUACACGCCGUGGGUCAACCGUGGACAAUUCAGCGACAAGGAAACGCAGGAACUACUUGCUUCUGGACCCAACGAUGAGAUCAUCUACAACGACAGUGAUCGAGAGGCUAGCGAAAAUCGCGAGAGCUCACUCAACGCUUCGAGCACCUUGCGCAUGCCAACCUAUCACGAACGAGCAAAUACUGCUGGGAGUCCCCUUACCCGUGUAAUGCAGACUAGUUCCUCUGGUAGCACGCCACGGUCUAAGACCACUCGAUUGCAUUCAGAGAGGCCCAGCCACGAUGCAUUCGGCAAUAGUCCACAACAGACUCGGCUUUCUCGCAUCCAGCAGCGUACGUUGCAGCAGGCUGUACUCCAGAGGCUUGCGAGCGAAAAAGGAAAACAGCGGUCUUCUGAGCAGUUCUACGCGGGCACGGAACCGGGAUACACUUCUAGCGCGACUCGAGUCCGGCCGGGUCAUGCAGGAAUCAGUCCGUAUGUUGAUUCAGCAGGAUCUCAAGCGUCUGCCUAUGCGACCAAUGAUUCGCCUUUGGAUGAAAUCAGUGUCAUUAGGGACCCCCGUCGACAUGGAAGUCGCGCAACAGCGACAGUAACACCAGGGCCAUCUUCCGGACAAUCACCGCCAGGACUGGCAGCCGUCACCGGCCAGAGAGGGUUGCUGCCAAUGAUGCUCACUCCUACUCAUGCCCGCAGUGCAAGGUCUAAUCGAAAUACGUUGGGUUCCUAUACGACUCAUACUGUGACCAGCGGAAGACCGUCUACAGGAAGACCGUCCACGGGACGCCCGUCUACAGGACGUCCGUCGACUGCCAACACAGAGACACCACUGUACCCGCAGAACAGCCAGCACACUGAGCACGCAUUCAUCGCACACGAGGACACCCCCCACUUGCUCCGCCCAGAGCGUGCCAUGGCUCCAGAGGAUGAAAAAGAUAAGGUUCUCACGUCGUGGCUGCUCUUCGGAGCAUUCUGCUUGCUGCCCCCUUUGCUUCCCCUCUAUCGCCACCGGGCGGACUUUAUGGUAACGAGCGUCACCCAGGGCCGCGUUAGAUAUGCUGCAGACGCACCAAAGAAAUACGCCUUCAAAGUCGCCAUCAUCCUGAACAUUGGAAUCAUAAUCUGCAUUGUUUUGCCGAUUGUGGUCGCGCACGCUCACGGUACUCUAUGAGAGAAGGCGUUGUGGCACCCGUGGCUAGCCUCAACUUUUCUCUUUGACGUUCUUCUCUAUUUUCAAACAGUCAUUGGUAUUGGGAUUUGAAUACAACCCAAAAACAUGACGUAAAUCUAAUUACAGGGUCGAGAAGACAAUUUUUCUGGAAGAACCCAUUGGUCCGGAAUAAAGGUUGCCGUUGGUCUUUUGGCAGAGCACAUUCUCUGAAGAUGCUCGUCAACGAAGAUCUUAUUUCCUUUGUCAUUCAGUCUUGCAUUGCGAUGGAGUUUUGAUGCAUAAAAGGGGGAAUCACGACGGAAAAUGCAAGGUUGGAACAGGCUUGACGGCAGAAAUUGACCAUAAAGGACUGGAGAAACCGAGUCGGAGGAGAUUUUUUCCCAAAACUGAUUUGGUGCUCUUUUGCCCCUUCGGCUUCACUGCCGAAUCCUGCUUUUUUUUUUCUUUUCUGCACAAAUCUGCGUGCUUCUGAUUUCACAUUCCUGCCCCUCUCCCCUUUCUCCUUUUCUAAUGACUGCAUGAUAUGGUUCCGGCUACCAUGACUGCCUUUGGUGGUCGGUGGAGGGAGCGCCCAACC